AUGCCUUCGAGGAGCCCUCUUCGCCGUCUCUCUGUCGCUCUUCGACUAGCAGAAGCAUAUAAGCCUCCUGAAGCAGCAGCAGCACUUACGACUUCGACUUCUCUCAGUCUAUUCUUGACCCAUGCGAAAACAAAUUUUCUCAAAGACGCAGAAGGAGAUCAGGAAAAGGCAGCAGACUGGAUUGUGGUUAUGGGAAAUGAAGCUGGAGAUUUGGACACCCUCGCGAGCUCGAUCGCGUAUGCUUGGAUUGAAUCUGAAGUUCACAAGAAACCAGCCGUUCCCUUACUGCAAAUGCACCGAAACGACCUGGUACUUCGCGCAGAAAAUUUGCAUGUUCUAAAACUUGCAGGUCUUAGUGGGGAAGAGCUACUCACCCUGGAUGAUAUUUCUCAAGAUCGACCGUUUCCUGCCCACAAAUUUGCUCUCGUGGACCACAACCGCCUCGCAGACGCCUUUUCACGCAACAAUCCUGAAGCUCAGGUUGUCUCCAUCCUUGAUCACCACCAAGACGAAGGAGGCCACCUAGACGCCAACCCGCGCGUGGUUACCGCGUGUGGCAGCUGUGCCUCACACGUUGUGCCCUUCUGUCCUGCGGAAAUGCCUGCAGAACUCGCGACGCUCCUUUUAUCAGCCAUCCUCAUCGACACAGAUGGUCUUGUCCCCGGGGGGAAGGCAACGUCAGUUGACCGCGAAGCGGCUCUAAGCGUCGCACCGAAAUCGACCAUCGGAUACACCAUACCACCUCCUUCCGCUCUUUCGCCCAUUGACCACGCUAAUCCCGACGCCCUCUCUGAAGUCCAGAGCAUCAAGGACCUGACAGCUAUCCUUAUAGAGAAGAAGGCAGAUGUGUCACAUCUUGGAGGCCUGGACUUGCUCCGCCGAGAUUACAAGGAGUAUAGCCACAAACUUCUCUGGGCCACUGGGCAACCUACGAUCAAAGUCGGAUUGUCUACCGUUCCUACUGGGCUAAAAUCGUGGGCGACCGAUGGAAGGCUGGAGAAGGCAGCUGUUGAGUGGAUGAAGACUCGCGGGUUGACGAUCCUCGGCGUCCUCACUUCGUUUCGCGAUGGCAAAAAGUCGUUGGUUGGGAAGAACAAGAAGGGAAAGCAUAAACGAGAGAUGGCGUGGAUCAUCUUGGAAACUUCUGAUUUGGCCAAGACAUCUAAUGAAGGUCUGACUGCAUCGUCGCUCGCGCGUAGGUUAUGGAAAGGGUUGGAGGCCAACGCGGGGAUUGAUGUCAGCCCACACAAGAAAUUCGACUUGGAGAAAUCAGAGGGUCUUCCAAAAAGUUCACAUGCCCGUGUUUAUAAGCAGGGCAACGCCAGUGUAACGCGUAAGGCCGUUGCUCCUCUUGUCAAGGAAAUUCUGGAAGGCAACAUCAUGAAGCCUGCCGAGGAACCCAAGAAGCAAGACGAACCGAAGCCGACACCGACGACAAUCGCUACGACAUAA